AUGGCAUCUGCUCUUCUCAGAAGCCGUGUUAAGCGGCCUUCGUACCUUAACAAGCUGGCUAAGGCUGAGGAUCUUGUUGACCUGUUUCCUCAUGGCUCGUAUAUCGGCUGGUCAGGGUUUACGGGUGUUGGAUACCCCAAGAAAGUCCCCACCGCCCUGGCAGACCACGUCGAAAAGAACAAGCUCGAAGGAAAGUUGAAAUACUCGCUGUUCGUCGGUGCUUCGUCCGGCGCAGAGACUGAAAACCGCUGGGCAGCAUUGGACAUGAUCGAGCGCCGCAGUCCCCACCAGGUCGGCAGGGAGAUCGCCAAGGGAUUGAACUCGGGCCGGAUAAAGUUCUUCGAUAAGCACCUGAGCAUGUUCCCCCAGGACCUGAUCAAUGGGUGGUACACAUUGAACAAGCCCAGCGGUAAGCUGGAUGUUGCGGUUAUCGAGGCGUCUGCAAUUACCGAGAAUGGUGGAAUUAUCCCCGGUGCAUCGGUUGGUGCGUCGCCGGAGCUCGUGCAGAUGGCGGAUAAGGUUAUCAUUGAGGUGAACACGACGACGCCGUCGUUUGAGGGCCUGCAUGACAUCUAUGUGCCUGAGCAGGCGCCGUACAGCAAGCCCAUGAUGAUCAUGCGUCCCGAGGACCGUAUCGGAACUCCGUACAUCCCCGUCGACCCGGAGAAGGUCGUUGCUAUCGUCGAGGGUGACUACCCCGACAAGACAGCCCCCAACACGCCCGAGGAUGAAACCUCGCAGGCCAUCGCGGGUAACCUGAUCGAGUUCCUCAAGCACGAGGUUGACCAUGGCCGUCUCCCCAAUAACCUCCUCCCCCUACAAUCCGGCAUUGGCAACAUCGCCAACGCCGUCGUCGGCGGCCUCUCCAAGGGCGGCGCCAACUUCAAAAACCUCAAGGUCUGGACCGAAGUCCUGCAAGACACCUUCCUCGACCUCUUCGACAGCGGCAACCUCGACUUCGCUACUGCCACCUCCAUCCGCUUUUCGCCCGACGGCUUCAAGCGCUUCUACGACAACUGGGACCGCUACGCCGACAAGCUCCUCCUCCGCCCCCAGGGCAUCUCCAACUCCCCCGAGAUCAUCCGCCGCCUGGGCUGCAUCGGCAUGAACACCCCUGUCGAAGUGGACAUCUACGCGCACGCAAACUCCACCUGCGUCUUCGGCUCCCGCAUGCUCAACGGUCUCGGUGGCUCCGCCGACUUCCUGCGUAACUCGCGCUACUCCAUUAUGCAUACUCCUUCCUUCCGUCCCUCCAAGACCGACCCCACCGGUGUCUCGUGCAUCGUCCCCUUUGCGACACACAUCGACCAGACAGAGCACGAUCUGGACAUGGUCGUCACAGAGCAGGGAUUUGCUGACGUGCGUGGUCUCUCGCCUAGAGAACGCGCUCGCGUCAUUAUCAAGAACUGCGCGCACCCUGACUACCAGCCUAUUCUUACUGAUUACUUGGAUCGGGCGGAGUUUGAGUGCCUGAAGAAGGGCAUGGGCCAUGAGCCGCAUCUGUUGUUUAAUGCGUUUAAGAUGCACAAGAACCUGGCGGAGAAUGGCACGAUGAAGAUUAACAGCUGGGAUUAA